AGGAAGUAUGGCGUGGUCCUGGACGAGAUCAAGCCCUCCUCGGCCCCAGAGCUCCAGGCUGUGCGCAUGUUUGCUGACUACCUUGCCACAGAGAACCGGAGGGAUGCCAUCGUGGUGGAGCUGGACCGUGAGAUGAGCAGGAGUGUGGAUGUGACUAAUACCACCUUCCUGCUGAUGGCUGCCUCUGUCUACUUCCAUGACCAGAAUCCGGAUGCAGCCCUGCGCACCCUGCACCAGGGUGACAGCCUCGAGUGGUGAGUGCCUGGAGCCCAGGCUAGCCUUGAC